GGGUCGAGGCACAUUGCAAAGAUCUCGAAAAGGCACCACUUCAAUCCAAUUCCAAGCGACUGAGAGAAGAGGCAGCAUGCAGCUACUGGGGUCAGCGAGCUUUGUGUCUAUACUGCUCAUUGUGUCCAGUGUGAAGGCCACAGCACCUUUGGAAGACAGACUGAGUCUUCGGGCAAAUCAGGAGCUGAAUAAAGAAAGGAAAGAGGUUGUUCUCAAGCUGUUAUCUGCACUGCUUGACUCCAGCAGCAAUCAAAUGGGGAUUGAGAACACGUUCCCAGAUCAGGAGGACAUGGAAGAGAUGAAAGUGGAAGACAGGUCCCGCUUCAGUCAGUUACCACAACGAGAGCGGAAGACAUCCUGCAAAAACUUCUUCUGGAAAACCUUCACCUCCUGCUAACGUCAGACGAUGACAUGUCGCUAGGAACUGAUUUAGCACUGUACAUAAGCUGGUGUUGUUUAUUUUCUUUGUUUCUUGGGGGUUACAUUUCUUUCAUGCACAAGAAAAAUUUAAAAAAAAAGCAUGAAUGUGUGUAAUUUUGCUGCAACUUGUAUGUAUUUCUUUUCCAGCAAUGUGGUGCCGCUCGUUCUGUUAGAGCAAUAAA